ACCAGCCAGAGGAGAUGAUGCUGAUGCACCAUAGAGGACACAGCACCAAAACCAGUCCUCUUAGUGAUAACCUUUUCCGACCCAGAGAUAGAGCCAUUACAGGGAAGGAGAUGCAGCUCAGAACCAGGCAGAACUAUAAAAAUCUGCCGGAGGUGAGGAGGAAACAGGAGGAAGAGAAGAGGAGGGAGGACUACCUGACUAACAGGCUGAGAGCAGAUCUCUUCAAAAAGAAACUGUUAGAACAGAUCCUUCAAAGGGCUAGUCACUGAGUGAAGCCAAGGAUGAAUGGUCCGAACGUACGUGAUCUCCCCCCCCCCCUCCUUCCAGCAUACUGCCCUACAUUGAGAGACCCAACAACCAUCAAGACGGACUAACGAUUAUCCCAACGACAGUUUUAACACACAUUAUAAUUAAGCAACAUCAUUUAAUUUUUUAAAAAGAUAAACACAUUUUUUAAAAUUUGUAGUGAAAAUGGGUGUCAUUAGAAAUUAAACAAAACGAUGUAUGUCAUAAUGUUCCGACGUUUUAAUGAUAACGUCUUUGAUCAUCAUAUUACUGCUGUUUAUGAUCCCAAAAAAUGUGUAGAAUACCGGUUUAGUUGUGGGAUUACAAUGUAAUGAAUGUUGUUGUUCUAUGUUAUCUAUGUUAUCUAUGCUAUCUCUGCUAUCUAUGCUAUGUAUGAUAUGUAUGCUAUCUAUGCUAUCUAUGCUAUCUCUGCUAUCUAUGCUAUGUAUGCUAUGUAUGCUAUCUAUGCUAUCUAUGCUAUGUAUGCUAUGUAUGCUAUGUAUGCUAUCUAUGUUAUCUAUAUUAUCUAUGCUAUCUAUGCUAUAUAUGCUAUCUAUGCUAUCUAUGCUAUCUAUAUUAUCUAUGCUAUCUCUGCUAUCUAUGCUAUCUAUGCUAUCUAUGCUAUCUAUGCUAUCUAUAUUAUCUAUGCUAUCUCUGCUAUCUAUGCUAUGUAUGCUAUGUAUGCUAUCUAUGCUAUCUAUGCUAUGUAUGCUAUCUAUGCUAUCUAUGCUAUCUAUGCUAUCUAUAUUAUCUAUGCUAUCUCUGCUAUCUAUGCUAUGUAUGCUAUGUAUGCUAUCUAUGCUAUCUAUGCUAUCUAUGCUACCUAUGCA